AAGCGUUUUGUCGUCGCGAAUCGAAUUAUGUUCAGGUCGAUAGCAGUCGUAAACAUAGUCACAUUUGAACAUCUUUUUAAAAACUGCGUGCUUUUCCUAGUUUACAAUCCUUUACUAAAAUGGCUCGAAAACCAACAGAUGAAGAUUACAUCGACGUAGAUGAUACAUAUGAUGCCAAUCAGGACGAAGAUGCUGGGACCGGCGGUUAUGCUUGGGAGGAAGAAUAUAAAAGAAGUUGGGAUAUUCUUCAAGAAGAUUCAGAAGGCCGAUUAAGUAGUGUAGUUUCGCAGUUACAACAACAAAGAAAGCGUCGAAGACUAUUGAAGGAUACUGCGAUUAUCCAACGUGGUAUCAUAAGACACUUAUUUGUAAUUAUUGAUUUAUCAGAAGCCAUGAAUGAGAAAGAUUUACGACCCAGUCGCGUAGAAUUGACAUUGACAUAUGCUCAACAAUUUGUCAUUGAAUUUUUUGAUCAGAAUCCUAUAUCACAGCUUGGCAUUAUUGCUACCAGAGACGGUAUUGCUGAAAAAUUGACAGAAUUAAGCGGUAACCCUACAGAUCAUAUCAAGGCAUUGAAAACGAAGAAAAAUACCGAAACAAGUGGUGAGGCUUCUUUGCAAAAUUCAUUGCAAUUAGCCAGAGCUAGUAUGUUGGGUGUACCAAGUCACGGAUCUAAAGAGGUAUUACUGAUUUUUGGAUCACUUACCACUUGUGAUCCCGGUGAUAUACACGAAACUAUUGAUUUGUUAAAAAAGGAAAUGGUGCGAGUAAGUAUUGUGGGUCUUGCUGCUGAAGUGCAAAUAUGUCGCGUGUUAUGUGAAUCUACAAAAGGCUCUUAUGGAAUUGUAUUAAACGAAGCACAUUACAAGGAUUUACUAUUUGAAGCUGUUCCACCACCGGCGGUUUUGCCCAAUAAAAACACAUCUAAUUUGGUUACUAUGGGAUUUCCUAGAAGAUUAGUAGAGGAUCAUGCUACGUUUUGUGUUUGUCACUCAAAACUGACUGUGGGAGGCUAUAUUUGUCCUAAAUGCAAAUCCAAAGUUUGUGAAUUACCAAGUGAUUGCGAUAUAUGCGGGUUGACACUAGUAUCGUCACCUCAUUUAGCUAGAUCUUACCAUCAUUUAUUCCCAGUUGAUAACUUCGAUGAAAUCAAAAUUAACAGUGAACACGGGACACAUUGUUUCUCUUGUCUAACGCAAUUUGAUAAAUUAGAGACAGCGGCGGCAAAAUUUUCUUGUCCGAAAUGUGCGCAGGAGUUCUGUGCAGAAUGUGAUAUGUUUGUUCAUGAAGUAUUGCAUAAUUGCCCCGGCUGCUGGAGUGUUGGUAAAAAAUAAGAAUAGUUUUGUCUCGGGAAUAUACCAUUCCAAGUAAUACACAAGUGAUUGUUUGUUUGAAUCAAAAUAUGGUUGGGGGAGGACGAUCUUUCUUUUUUUUUUUUUUGAUGAAACGUAGCAAUCACAUUCUCUUCUUAAAUUUUACCCUUGUAUAUAUUAAACAAAUAAAAGAAAGUUUAAUUUUUAA